CCCGCCUGCUCGUCCCGUCUUUGCCUGGUUUGCCGCGCCCGCACGUGCGUCUGGCACAGGUGAUCUGCGUCUCCGAGCUACGCUUAAGGUAAGGCCACUCCCCACACCCACUUACUGCCUGCUUUCUUCCGCUCGUCUCGUCUUUCUUCCGUGUUUUUCUUUCGCUCGCGGUGCACUGAAAAUAUAUCUCUGCCGCUCUCUGCUCCCUUCUCAUUCCCCCCACUCCUCAAGUACCAUUCAUCUCUUGCCCUUCCCCCGAACACCCACCAGCAACCCGGCGCCAACAUGGCCGAUAUGGAGAAGACUGCGGCACACGACGAGCUGAAGGGCCAUGUCAGCCCUGGUCUCGAGACCAGCUCUGAUGACAAUGUUUCCAUCGGCAAGGGCGAUUUGCUUAGCCAGGAGCACGUCGACCCCGUCCUCGAUGCCAAAAUGCACCUCAUCAAUAACGCCAUCGACGAGAUUGGCUACACCCGCUACCAGCUCAAGCUCUUCUUCCUCAACGGCUUCGGCUAUGCCGUCGACUCGCUCAUCCUGCUGCUCCAGUCCAUCGUCGCGCCGUACGCCUACCCCGAACUCAACCCCGGCGGCUGGGCCUACGGCAUGACCGUCGCCGUCUACGUUGGCAUGUUGAUCGGCGCUCUCUUCUGGGGCCUUUCGGCGGACAUAAUCGGCCGCAAGUACGCCUUUAACUUCUCCCUCCUCAUCUCCUCUGUCUUCUGUAUCGUUGCCGGCGCCAGCCCCAACUGGGCCGUCCUCGGCACCUUCAUCGCUCUGGCUGCCUUUGGCAGUGGCGGCAACCUGGUCCUCGACACCACCGUCUACCUCGAGUACCUGCCCUCGCGCUACAGCUGGACCCUCACUCUCAUGGCAUCCUGGUGGGGCGCUGGCCAGUUCGUCGCCGGCCUGUUCGCCUGGGCCUUCAUCCCCAACUACUCCUGCCAGAUUCCCGGCCACUCGAACAUCUGCAAUUGGCACACCAACCCCGGCUGGCGCUACGUGCUCUUCGCCAGCGGCGCCCUCGUCCUCAUCAUGAGCCUGCUUCGUGUCACCGUCAUCAAACUACGCGAGACACCCAAGUUCUUGGUUGGCGAGGGUCGUGAUGCCGAGGCUGUCGAUACCCUACAGUACAUUGCUACCAGGUACAACCGCCCUUGCAGUCUGACCCUGGAGCGGAUGCAGGCAUGCGGCGCCGUCAAUGGUGGCGUGCCGUCCGACAGACGUGGCUCGGUCACCGCGCACGCUCGAAAGCGCGCCUCGUUUGCCGAAGUCGGGCUUCACUUGAAGGGCCUUUUCACCACCAGGAAGCUCGGUCUCAGCACAUCCCUCAUCUGGUUUUCGUGGACUCUCAUCGGUCUUGCUUACCCGCUAUACAACGUCUUCCUCCCCAUCUACCUCAGGACUCGAGGCGCCGCACUUGGUGGACUGAGCCAGAGCGAGCAAUGGACGUACUACGCCGCCGCCAACCUCUGCUCGAUCCCGUCGCCAAUUCUCGCGGGUUACAUGUGCAAGAGCCGCUGGUUCUGGGGCCGCCGUGGUACCAUGAUUAUUGGAGCCCUCAUCACCAUGGUCUUCUUCUUCGCCUACACGCAAGUUCGUACGAAUGCGGAGAACAACGGCUUCACCUGUGCCAUCAGCUUUUGUCUGAAUAUUUACUACGGCACAUUGUACGCCUACACUCCCGAGGUGCUGCCCACCGCUCACCGAGCAACGGGCAACGGAAUUGCCAUCGGCUGCAACAGAAUCAUGGGCAUCAUUAGCGCCCUCGUGGCCACUUACGCCAACACCGCCACCCCCGUGCCCAUCUACGUCUGUGCUGCGCUGUACAUCGUCAUGUCUUUGACAGCCGCAGCCUUCCCCUUCGAGCCUCUGGGCGCGAGAAGUUCGUAGACGCGCGAUGAGUUGGAACGAGAAGGCGGAAAAGCUGCAAUUUUGACUGGUUUUCUUGCGCAACUGCGGAUGAACACGAGCGUUUGGACGGCCGAUUGUUGAUCUGUUGUCAGAUCCGUACAUAUCUUCGCGUGAUUUCUGCUCGCGCGCUUCCUUUUUACAAGAGAUACCCUGAGUUCGAAAACGAGUUGGAGGAGUGCCUCUGUUGCUCUUUCCCGCAACCUCGUGCGAAACAUUCUGCAAGCUGCCGAACCGUUACGCGUGUGAAGCGUACUCUAGAACACUCUCGCGAAUGCCUCGAUUUACUUGUCUACUCGGAUGUUGCGCGGUGCUCUACACCGUCACCGCCAUCCCGACAGACCCGCAAAGUUCGACGACGCCUCCGGGACUCGGGGGGAGCCGAAUGCCGCCUUCAUUGUCGAGGUGGAGCGAGUCAUGCUGCGACAUAGUUGAGAGAACAAUCAGAGAUGUAAACAAACCAGUGCCGCAG